GUCGUCAACUGAUAUGGCGAGAAAAUCGGGCAAAAAGCGCAAGGCGACACAGGAUCCUGCAGCGGUGCAUGCUGCAAACCAAGUGACCGAGGCAGAGGAGCUAUUGAAUGCAGGCUCCAUUGACCAAGGUCGUGCGUUGCUGGAAUCUGUCGUGGCCAAGGCUGUGGACGCGCAGGUCGUCCAAGUGGCCCAGUACUCGCUGGCCAUGUUGCACUUGUGCAGUGGCAACGCAUCGGCCGCGGACGACCUCCUAAGUUCCCUGGGCAUGCGACACCGCCUCCACGAGUCCGUCUUCACGCCUGACUCUGGGUUGGCGACUGUCGCAGACGACGACCUCGUCGCAACGCGGCAUGUUAAGGUGGUCGACACCCCCGUGUCGCCGGCGGUGUGGUCGCAUGUACAAUCGAAGUUCCACCACGAAAGCUCUCCGUUUUGGCCCGAGCAUCGGUAUGGGGCGCCAGACGUGGGGUAUUUCAGCUACGCGUUCCGUGAGUGUGCGUCGGCCGCGCCUGCCAAUUGUGUCGAAAGUUGGAUCCAAUUGCACCUCCUGCCCCACGUCCGGGCUUCAUUUCCAGACAAAGCACGCGACAUCGUUCAUGCAGAAUGGUGGGUACAUUCAAGGGACCAAAUAUCUGGCCACCAAUUGCACUACGACACGGACGAGUCCCGGCUCACGCAGACCAACCAACUGUUUUACCCCCUCGUUUCCACUGUGUGGUACCUCUCGCCGGGCAUGUCGGCCGCACCGACGCUUGUCAUGGAUAAAAUGUUUGGACAAGAUGCAUCGGCUGCCAAAGGGUACUUGGUCGUGCCAAAGGCCAAUCGACUGGCGAUGUUUGACGGUCGAUUACUCCACGGCGUGGUGCCGCACUUUCAACAACAGCACGAUGACGUGGUAUCGUUGGCGCGAGACACACGAUUGACCCUCAUGGUGGGAUUUUGGGACAAACACGUUGCGUCCAACCCGUUCAACACGAAACAACCCACGGCCAAUAUGACCUUGCCUCACAAGACUUCAACGUUGAAGUGGCCAGCGCACUUGGCCGAGAACUUGCCUCUGUCGUCUCCUGCUGCUGCCACGUCACAGCCAGGGCCAGUGGUUGCAGUCCCGGACCCGUUGUGGGUUGAAGUACCAACGACAUGUGACGCUGCUUCUUCGGUGGACACGAGUGAUGGUGGUCUCGUUGGAGUGGGCAAGUACUUUGUCCCAGACUUAGCAGCGCUGGACGCCGACAUUGCUGGCCUUCUGGCCGAACCGACCGCCGAGGACCACGAGUGGCUGGUGGCGCAUGUUGAGGCCGACGACGUCGACCACCCGCGGCUGCUCCAAACGUUGUGCAUCCUCCACGCAUGGAUGCAGCGGGGCGGGGACUUGGCCGAUUCGGCAGGGGAUUUCCUCUUGGAACUGACGGCGCACUGCCCGGCUGCUGCUCGGGCCGUGCGCUGCAGCCACCUGUGGGCAUCGUUGUUUGUCGAUUCGUUUUUGGGGGAUGCCGGCACACAAGAGUCGGUUGAUACAUUGGCGGCGAUUGCGUGGAACGUGCUCAAAGGAUCGUCGCCGACAUCGAGUGAUAAACCCGACUGCUUCCACACCGAGGACAUGGUUGAAGCGUUGAUGGCGGCGGCGGACCGGGACGACCAAGUCACGGGCAUGGUCUGCGGCGCCUUGGCCUACUGCCUCGGCUUUGUGCCGAAUCGCAAGUGGGUUCUCGAAGGCCUAGCCCCGGUGCUGAGAGAUCUCUACGAAGAUCAAGCAAACGACGAUGACUUUGACGGACAUGUGGACAUUCGGGACUCGGAACACGCGGUGAUGACUGUGUUGCGUGCGAGUUCUGGUGAUCGCAAAAAACUCCUCUCCGCCCUCAAGGCUGGCCUCGGGCACUUUUACGUGGGCGACGUACGAGCCAAGUUUCAAAGUGCAAAGUGAAUAGUACCAGCUAGGAAUAUCCAUGGCCUGUGUGGGGUGUUGCAGAUUGCACAAAGAGCAGCGUAAACAAGUGUAAAAGGGGUAACUGCCUUGUUAUGAACAACUAAUCAUUUGACAGUGAAAUUUACACAUAACCAAGG